GCCGGAAGCGCCACGUUCCGUAGAAGGAGAGCGUCUUUUUUGCGCCUGCGCACAAACUCGACUUCCUUUUCGACAUCCCGAUCGAGAGAGACGAGAUGGGCCAUCAGCAGCUCUACUGGAGUCAUCCUAGAAAAUACGGCCAGGGAUCCAGAUCCUGCCGAGUUUGCUCAAACAGACACGGUCUGAUCCGUAAAUACGGACUCAACAUGUGCCGUCAGUGCUUCAGACAGUACGCUAAAGAUAUCGGCUUCAUCAAGCUGGACUAAACCUGAGGACGGCUGAACUUCUGUGACGUGGAGUCGACACCCAACCUGACGUCAUGAAGUUACUUUGGAAAGUUCAAUAAACAUGUUUUCUUUCUGUUCAAAA